AUGGACGAAAAGCCUUCUGAUGCCCCUGCGGCCGAGGCGCCCUCGAACGCGAGCGCACGCGACUUGGCCGUCGAUAAAUCGCAAAUCCCGCGGCCGUACAAGUGCCCGCUGUGCUCCCGUGCAUUUUACCGCCUGGAGCACCAGACCCGCCAUAUUCGUACACACACCGGCGAGAAGCCGCAUCUGUGUACGCACCCUGGCUGCGAAAAGCGGUUCAGCCGCAGCGACGAGCUGACCCGCCACCUGCGCAUUCACACUAAUGCGAAAAAGACGUCGGGCGACGUGACGCCCACCGCACCUGCCGAGGCCGAGGCGCCGCGCAAGCCCAGUACGACGAGCGGCCGCCGGCGAGGCCGUGGUCGCAGUGGUGCGAGCACGCCGCGCUCGCGCACCGCCUCGGGGCAGUCGACAGGGCAGUGGGCGAUCGGCAACGAGGAUGCAGACAGCGACGAGUCUCCGCCGACGCACGGCGAGCACGACAUGUCUGCGCUCGCGCACCUCGCUACUGGCGAGCUGAACGACAUCCACCGGAUGGAGCACGAACACAAAAUGCAGCAGUCCCGCUCGGCCAGCGGCUCCUUCCGCAAGCCAGAGUACUACGGCGAUGAGCGGUAUGCACACCCCUCGAGCGAGGGCUACUACCCCUACGACACGCAGCACCACGAGUCGGGCGCGUACGACGAUCGCGCAUAUCGCUACACCGAUCCGUACAUGGACCGUUAUCGUGAUAUGCGAUACGAAGGAUACCACUGGGGGGCGGGCCACGCCCCUGCACCGUACGCAUACCGGUACUCGUAUGCGAGCUACCCAGGGAGCCGCGAAGUCUCGCCGGGGCCCCGCGAGCGCGCCCAGGACGACCUGAGCAGCGACGCGGAAAUGGCGCCGGAGCACGCGCCGCCCCGCCACGGCGCGCGCGACGAUCACCCGCCGCGCAUGCACGGGCCGGGCAGCAACUAUGCCACGCCGUCAGGCUCGCCGGUGCUGGGGCCGCUGCGCAACAUGUCGCUCUUUGGCACGGCACCCAACUCGCCCUACUCUUCGCGCCCGAGCUCCCCGGUGCUUGGGCCCCGCACCGCGUCGCACGGCUCCCUCGCAUCGCUCUUGCCCGACGGGCCAUCGCACAUGCCGGGCGUCGGGCACCAUCCUCACCAUCGCUACCGCUCGCACCCCUACGAAAGCCACUCGCCGGCGCACAGCCUGCACCACGCCGCGGCGGCGCGCUCGCGCUCGCACUUUCCGCUCUCGUCGCUGGGCAUGUCGUCGCUGCCGCCCAGCACCUCGGGCGAGCGCAGCACGGCGAGCGACGAGCGCCGCCGCGACGAACACGGCGCGUACAAGCCGCCGUCGCCCCCGUCGCACGGCUCCCCGGCGUACUGGGGCGUGCACCGCGCGAUGCGUGCGCCGAUGCGCUACGCGGACGCAAGCAGCGCCGCGCGCGCACGCUACAAUGCGUCGCGCUCCGCACCGACGAGCGCUGCCAACUCGCCGCCAGACUCGCCGCACAGCAGCCCGUCGCACAUGGCGCUCCCGCCGCCCAGCGCACUGCACCUCCCGCCACCGGUGCGCGGCACCGGCGGGGCAGAGCCCGCGCCGGCGCAUGCGCCCAAGCCAAAAACGCGUGGAUUUAAUAUGACACCGGUACACCACGACGAGGCCAGCAGCGUGGCACUUCCCCCGCUGGGGCAGGCCCUGUCGUCGGUGCCGGAUCACGACUUACGUACACAUGGAUAG